CAGAGCUAGCUGCCCAGCGCUCAUCCGCGCAGCCAUGGAGGCCCUGGGUCCUGGGGGCGACCGCGUCUCCCCCGCCUCAUCCACGCGCAGCCUGGACCUGCGGCGGCUGUCGGUGCGCGCCGACUCGGCCUUACAGCUCCUUCUCCGGCAGGCCUCGGGCGGCGCCGAGGCCGCGCACGGCCGUCCCCCGGAGCCCCGACCUUUCUUCCCCUACCUAGACUGGGACUACGGUGCGCGGUGGUGUGGGGGCGGGCCCGGCCCCCCACCCUCGGGCCGCCCGCCGCCGCCCUGCGCGCCUUCCCCCUUCAGCCCCGGCGCCGCCGUGCGCAACGGGCUGCGCGCCCCGCAAGUCCAGGGGCGGCCGGAGCCGCUCAGCAGGCAGGCCACCCCGCUGCUGUACGCGCUGGCGGCCGAAGCGAAGGCCGCAGCGCGGGCCGCCGAACCGCCCAGUCCGCCGGCCUCGAGGGCCGCCUACCGACAGCGGCUGCAAGGCGCUCAGCGGCGAGUCCUCCGGGAGACGUCCUUCCAGCGCAAGGAGCUCCGCAUGAGUCUGCCCGCCCGCCUGCGGCCCGCGACCCCGAGGCGGCCCCCGGCGGCGCACCCGCGCUCCGCCUCGCUCGGCAACCCGGGCGGGGAAAGGGGGCCGGCGCGCUCAGGGGCUCCCGCGCCUGGAACAGCGGGCCCGGGCCGCCUCGCCAACCAGCAGCAGCAGUGGUGCUUCUCGGAGCCAGGGAAGCUGGAUGGCCUGGGUCGGGGCGUUGGGAUGGCGGGGGAAUGCUCGGGUGGGGCCUGCUCCGGCUUUGGCUUCGCCAGGCCUGAGACCCAGGAAUUGCAGCAUCAGGCGGUGGCGGAGUUCGAAGGUCACCAGAUCAGAUGGCUGAGAGGCACAGAGGACCGCGAACCCCUGUCCUUGAAGCUCCACGACGACGUCUACAGGCCUGCUCGGAGUCAGAGCGCGUCAGGGGAAGCUUUGGGUGCCUGGGGAGGCCCAGGAGGGGCCGUGCCCAUCGUCCAGGCUGUUCCUCAAGGAGCAGAACCCAGACCCUUGUUUCAGACCACACAUUCCAGGUUCCUGACUCAGAAGGAAGCUGCAGUGGUGUGUCCUGCAGAGGGUCCCCAGAGCAGGCCCAUUGACUGUGAGCUCAGAGUCCCAGAGACCCACAUUGUGUGUGCCCGGCUCCCUUCCCUUCCUGAUGAUGAUGUCUUCCUGGAAGAAGUCCCGCUGGUCAGAAUGAGAGCACCUCCAGACUCCCAUGCCCCGCCGGGGCUCCCAGCCAGUGUCCAUGCCUCUGACCCACAACAUGGAGCUGGCUUGGGCCAAAGGCCUGGCAGGGCUACAGUUUGCCCAGAGCACCCCCUACGUGAGUGCCUAGAGACUGCAGGGACAGGUGACUGCUGGCCCACAUGCUGUCGUUCCGCUGGGACUGCAAAUGGUGAUGUCCCAACCCACGACUCCACUGGACUGCUGACGACGGACUUCCCUGCAGCUGUGGAGUGUGACUCCCUCAAACCUCUCCCAGUCGAUGCCCUGGGACCUCCAGGCAGUGACACCCAAGGGCCUCCCGAUGACACUGCCUGGGCUUGGGGCCCUGUCCAGCCUGGUUCUAAGCCGACAUGGCCAAGUCCACGCCUGGAGCAGCUGGCUCAGGAGCUUGCCAGACUGGAUCCCUCUCUGAGUGACACUCUCACAUCCUAUCCCAGCCCAGAGCCACCUCUGGAUCUGCUGGAUGGGCUGAUUCCUUUAGCUGAGGUCUGGGCUGCAAUGAGACCAGCCGGUGGCAAGGCUGGAGAGGAGGCUGCUGCUCCCUUUAUCCCCGUGUCCCAUCUAUCUAGUUCCACCCAGGUCCUGCCAACUUCUCAGGAGGAAGCAAGGCCUGAAAACCUUACCCCUCCCCCUGUGUCUGACCAGCCAUGUAGCCAGGGUCUGCCUGAGCCAAAAAGCAGCAUCCAAGCUAAGAAAGUGGAGCUCGCGGACCUCCUGCAAAAGAUGCUGCGGAGCCUUCAAGCGGAGCAGGAGCAGCUGCAGGGGACAGCCCAGACCUGGGCCAGGCGUGGGGCUGCGCUGGAGGCCGCGGUAGGCCAGGCCUGUGCACCCCGCGAGCUAGAGCGGUUCAGCCGAUUCAUGGCCGACCUAGAGCGUGUGCUUGGCCUCCUGCUGCUACUGGGCAGUCGCCUGGCUCGCGUGCGCCGUGCCCUGGCUCGAACGGGAGCACAGGGCGACCCCGAGGAGCAGGUAAAGGGGUUCUGGCUGCAGGAGAGCAGGGCGGUGGGCGAAGUGCACUCCCGGGCGCUGCCGGCCGGGGAGCUGCGCGCCUACUGCGCCCUCCUGGCCGGCAAGGCCGCCGUCUUGGCCCAGCAGCGCAGCUUGGACGAGCGGGUCCGGCUCCUUCAGGACCAACUGGAGGCCGUCAGGAGCGGCCUAGGCCACCAACCCCCGUCUCCCAGGCUGGCCUCUUCCCCCCGGGCCAGUCCUCCGGAUGAACCGCCCUUCUCCCCUCUGCUUAUUUAGUUGUCAGCGGUGGCGGUGGGGAGCUUGGCCCCUGCCUUUCACUCAGGAGGCCGGGGGUGACGCUGGUUUAUUCGGUGCUUUUCCCAUGGGGUGGGGAUGACCUAGCCAGGCCCUCCCAGGAUACUUCAGAGAAUUGUCAUGUGGCCUCACCCAAGCCGUGUGAUUAUGUGGUAAUUAACUUAUGGAUUUUACAAACUGCAGUAUUCCCCCUUUUUGUGAUGAGAGAUGGGCUUGGUCAGGGUUGGGUGGAGGGCAAGGAGACAAGUCAGAGUCUCAACUUAAGAUGCAAAACAGCCUUUUUCUCCUCUCAA